AUGAGUUGCUUCGUCAUCAAGACCACCGAUGAAGCACUGCGCAAGGUGUUCAUCAACGUCUGUGGCUGUGAGGCAGUCCCAGCACCAGGGAACUGGGUGGGAGGCAAAGCACCAGAGGCAGUUGUGAAGGCACUGGAAAACGUGGACACUGGCGUGGACGCAUCUGUGGAGGAAACUCUGAGAUUUCCCCUGAGUUGCAGUGGCCCCCGGGAAGAUGUGGACAAGAAAGGGGAGCCCUGUGCUGUAUUCGACUGCGUCUUCAACUCGGAUGUUGUAAAACAAGCGAAGUGCUUUCGCAGUUUGAAACGCUUCCUGAUCGAUCUAUGCCUGGAGUGGAUUGGGCAAAAACACAAACUGCACCUGGACAGCAAAUACAAACUACCAAGGAUGCGAUACAAGGGAGGGACAGUGGUUAGCCAAAGAAUCCGAGUUGACCAGAAGCCCCUUGUGGAAGAAGUUGGUGAGGUGGAUGAGUCUCCCAGCUUUCCGCUGGUGGCCAAGAAACGAUCCUCAACAAGUGAGCACCCUGAAACAAAAUCAGAGGACAUUUCCAGGUGCAAGUUCUCCUUUGGUGACAACGCCCCAAAUCGAGUCCCCCAGGCUGCAAGGUUGCAGGCUGAGGCAAAGGCUGUGCAGUGCAAGACGGACAAUGGGUCUUUACCGGCCCUUGCAUGGAGAGUGCACUUUGAGGGACAUCCUGUCAGGUGGAUUGUGGUGACUGUGGACGUUCCUGGAGAUUUAUCACUGGAAGGUUGCCAAGCAAAUGUGGAAGUGUCUACGUUCAACGUGUUUGUAGACAUUGCUGGGUACGCCCCGCUGACCGUGGACAUUCCGCUCGCUGUGUCCUGUGAAGAUUGCACUGCCCAAAUGCUGGAAGACACUCGCACUCUCACUGUCAGGCUGUCGCAUCGGAGUUUCAGCGAUGUCCUGGAGGAGAUGAGAGCUGUCAGGCCCCAUUCUUUUGGGUCUCUGGACCUGGUGAGCGAUACGUAUCUGGAGUUGGAGGCGUAG